ACACUCUGUCCGGAGGUUCGCUUUUGAAGGCAGGUCUAGAGGCAACUGGGGUCAGACACGGUGCAAGGGAAGCCUGGGAACUCGGAGGAGGGAGGUUUGAGCCGGUGGCAUCUGAGUGCCUCGGGAGGCCCGGGCGAACUCCCUGGUGACUGCGGCAGCUCGUGGGGACAAGGCGGAGGGCGGAGCGGCCAGCAGGAUGCAUGGUGGCGUCUGCCCAGUCCGCCUUCCCACCUUGCAUCCACUUGGGGCCCCGCCCCCCGGCCGGCUGGACCCUGUUCCAAGCCUCAGCCCUGCAAAGUCUGCGGGGAGAACCCCCUGCAAGAGGAAGCCUGGGGCUUCGGGCUCCUUCCUCGCCCGCGGCCCGGCCUGACCUAGCAGCAGACACCGGGCAGUAGGUGGGAAGAGAGGCCACAUCAACGUGAGCGGGGGGGCCCGCAGCCGCUCCCACAGCCCCCUUGGCUCCGAAUUUGGUGGCCAGCAAAUCCCUCUGAGCCGCCCUCGUGGGCUCGCCUAAGGAGCCAGGAGGCCAGGGGCCGGGGGAAGCAGGUCUAAGUCCCAGGCCCAAUUAAGAGAUCAGAUGGUGGAGGGUUUGGGAGCUUUUAAGGUGAGGAGGCCUGGGCUGAUCCCGAAGGCUGGUAUAAAGCCUGCAAACACCAGGCUGGCGCGCACUGGGGACAGGGCUUUCCGGAGCCAUGGCCCAGCAGUGGGGCCCCCGAAGGCUCGCAGGUGGGCAGCCGCAGGCCAGCUUUGAGGACAGCACCCAGGGGAGCAUCUUCACCUACACCAACGCCAACAGCACCCGAGACCCCUUCGAAGGCCCCAACUACCACAUCGCUCCCAGAUGGGUGUACCACAUCACCAGCGCCUGGAUGGUCUUCGUCGUCAUCGCAUCCGUCUUCACCAACGGGCUUGUGCUGGCGGCCACCAUGAGGUUCAAGAAGCUGCGCCACCCUCUGAACUGGAUCCUGGUGAACUUGGCCAUCGCUGACCUGGCAGAGACCAUCAUCGCCAGCACCAUCAGCGUCGUGAACCAGAUGUAUGGCUACUUCGUGCUGGGCCACCCCUUGUGCGUGGUGGAGGGCUACACGGUCUCCUUGUGUGGGAUCACGGGUCUCUGGUCCCUGGCCAUCAUUUCCUGGGAGAGGUGGAUGGUGGUGUGCAAGCCCUUCGGCAACGUGCGAUUUGACGCCAAGCUGGCCAUUGCCGGCAUCGCCUUCUCCUGGAUCUGGGCUUCCGUGUGGACGGCCCCACCCAUCUUUGGUUGGAGCAGGUACUGGCCCCACGGCCUGAAGACGUCCUGCGGCCCCGACGUGUUCAGCGGCAGCUCUUACCCCGGGGUGCAGUCUUACAUGAUUGUGCUCAUGAUCACGUGCUGCUUCAUCCCGCUCGGCGUCAUCGUGCUCUGCUACCUGCAAGUGUGGCUGGCCAUCCGCGCGGUGGCGAAGCAGCAGAAGGAAUCCGAGUCGACCCAGAAGGCCGAGAAGGAGGUGACACGCAUGGUGAUGGUGAUGAUCUUCGCCUACUGCCUCUGCUGGGGGCCUUACACUUUCUUCGCCUGCUUCGCGGCUGCCCACCCCGGCUACGCCUUCCACCCGCUGGUGGCCGCCCUGCCAGCCUACUUUGCCAAAAGUGCCACUAUCUACAACCCUAUUAUCUAUGUCUUCAUGAACAGGCAGUUUCGAAACUGCAUCUUGCAGCUUUUUGGGAAGAAGGUGGACGACAGCUCUGAGCUCUCCAGCGUUUCCAAAACAGAGGCCUCGUCUGUCUCUUCAGUGUCACCUGCAUGAGUCUCCCACCCCGACGACCACGACGACGACAACGACAACAACGUCUGCCUCCUACCGGAAAACGCACCCGCCCCGCCCCCCCCUUCUCCAUCCCCGUGAAAUAAAUGUAGUUUCUCUUUGCCAAAAACAACCAAGU